AUGGAUGUAGAGUCGUCCGCCGCCCUUGCUUCGGGCGAAGUCUCGAGCAAGGCCAAAUAUCCCAAUAGCUCUGCAGUAGCGGACGAGGAUCGCUCGAUUGACCAAGGCGAUGUCCUCGGUCAGGAGAAUGUGGAUCAAACACUUGCGGCCAAGAUGAACUUGGUGAACGACGCAAUUGACGAAAUCGGGUUUACCCCUACGCAUGCGAAGUUGUUUUGCCUGAAUGGCGGAGGUUACGCAGUCGACUCAUUAAUACUUCUGCUGCAGUCCAUUAUAUCACAGCAAGCGCAGUAUCAGUUCAAGCCCAAAUUUGACACCGGAUUAACGAUUGCCGUCUACGUUGGUAUGCUAGCUGGCGCUCUUUUCUGGGGAAUAUCGGCAGACUCUAUCGGCAGACGUUUUGCCUUCAAUGUCUCUCUCUUCGUCUCUUCCAUCUUCACGAUAGUGGCAGGCGCAUCUCCCAGUUGGAUAGUGCUGGGCGUGUUUACGUCCUUGAGUGCAUUCGGAGCCGGUGGAAAUCUGGUGCUCGAUACAACCGUAUUUCUUGAAUAUUUGCCGAGCAGGCAUCAAUGGCUCUUGACUCUGAUGGCCGCGUGGUGGGGGUGGCGCUAUGUUUGGUACACCUCUGGUGCUUUUGUCUUCGUCCUUUCCGUUCUUCGAGUGACUAUUAUCCGGCUGCAAGAGACCCCCAAAUUCCUUUUGGCAGAGGGAAAAGACGAGGAAGCUGUCCAGGUUUUGCAGAAUAUCGCCAAGAAACACAAUCGCCCAUUCAGUCUUACUGUUGAGCGCUUGGCAGCCUGUGGAAGCUGUUCUGCAGUAGGUGAUACAAGUUCGGGCGGACUCUUCCGGCGACUCAUUUCUCCAAAAGAGGUGGUUUUCCAUUUGAAGGGUCUUUAUGCAACCCGCAAGAUGGCAUUGUCCACCUCUCUAGUGUGGUUCUCCUGGCUGCUUAUUGGACUAGCAUACCCUCUGUACAACGUGUUUCUGCCCAAAUACCUUGCGACCCGUGGAGCCAAGCUUGGAGAAGGAAGCGACUACAUUACUUGGCGCAACUACGCUAUCAACAAUACUGCGAGUAUAUUUGGCCCUGUGUUAGCGGGUGCCAUGUGUAGCUCGCCAUGGUUUUGGGGCCGUCGGGGCACGAUGAUCAUCGGCGCUUUGGUGACCAUGAUUUUCUUCUUUUGUUAUACUCAAGUACGCACCGCCGCGGAGAACUUGGGAUUUACGUGCGCGAUCUCAUUCUGUUUGAACAUCUACUACGGUACUCUAUAUGCAUAUACCCCCGAGAUUUUCCCCUCCAGCCACCGGGGAACCGGGAAUGGAAUUGCAAUUGCCCUGAACAGACUCAUGGGUAUUGUUAGUGCCAUUGUGGCUCAUUAUGGUAAUACUGCUACCUCAGUGCCAAUUUAUAUUUGUGCGUGCUUAUACAUUGUGAUGGCUAUUGUCGCUGCAGCCAUGCCCUUUGAACCAUUUGGUCGCCGAAGCAGUUAG